AUGCGAUCCUACCUCAUAUUUCCGGCCUGGGCCAUGCUGGCCGCAGCUCACUUCACCCUCGAGUACCCUGAAUCGCGUGGCUUUGACGAAGAUACCCUGGACAAAUUCCCAUGUGGUGGCCAGAACGAUAUUUCGGAGAUCCGAACUCCCUAUCCGCUCUCUAACGGUGUCAUUGCCCUCAAAAUGGGCCAUAUCAAGUCUAGAGUCCAGGUCACCAUUGCCCUCGACUCGGAUCCUACCACAGCUUUUAACACCGUCUUGCGUCCCACAUUUCAGGAGACAGGCCUCGGAAAGUUCUGCAUGACGGGAAUUUCUAUUCCCACAUCUCUCAAUGUUCAAGAAGGAAUGAAUGCGACUAUCCAGGUCCUCACCAGCGGUGAUGAUGACGGUGGCUUAUACAAUUGCGCCGAUAUCGUGUUUAGCGCCGCGGCGCCAGUCCCCGUCACCGAUGACUGCCAGAAUGCCACGAGUAUCAAGGCUUCAGGCUUCAUGCCCGGCAACGCGAAUGAAUCUAUGAGUGCAAAUGAUGGUUCAAAGGGUGACAAGGACGAUGAUGACAAGGGUGAUAAGAAGAGUGGAGCGUUUCAAAUACAGAAAAUAGGUUUUGGAGGCUCCACAGUAAUUGGGCUCGCAACGUUGAUAACCAUCUUCUUGUAA